AAGUAUGGCAACGUCGUUUUUAACCCUUGUGCUUCAUGACGUUCUAAUGUUUUUAAAUGGCGAAGUGUACAACAUAUACUAUCGAGUGAUGAGAAAUUCUCAGUCUUCCUGCUUCAUUGAUGAAGAAAGUGAUAUUUGAAGGCAAUAUCACUGUAUAGUGCAAUUAAUGUUGCUGCUAGCCUGCAUGUAAACUUGUGUAAAUACAAUGACUUUUAAUGGAUUGAAAUGGGCUGGAACACUUACCAAAUAUGUUACUUCUUACCGUCACUAUCUCAGGAACAGCUCAAGACUGUUUUCUGUAAAUCGGCCAGAAAGCGAACCAGUGUUAAGCAAAAAAGAAGUUCAAGUCACGUUUAUAAAAGCAAACGGUGAGAAGAUCCAAACGAAGGGCAAAAUAGGAGAUUCGCUCUUAGAUGUUGUAGUCAAUAACAACAUAGAUUUAGAUGGAUUCGGAGCUUGUGAAGGAACUCUUACUUGCUCAACUUGUCACUUAAUAUUGUCUAAGAGCACAUACGAUUCAUUACCAAACAAACCUUCUGAUGAGGAAUUGGACAUGUUGGAUUUAGCCUAUGAUUUGUGUGAUACAUCUCGUCUGGGUUGUCAAAUCGUUCUAACAGAGGAGUUAGCUGGGCUGGAAGUAAAUGUACCUGCUACAAUAAACGACGCUCGCAGUUAACAUUAGUAGGACGAGACAAUAGAUCUAUAUAAAUUAAAGGAAACAUUUAAUGCAAUUUGUUAGAAGUUAACGUUAUCCCAUAAAGUUAGAGAUUUAACAUUAAAAAUAUUUUUGUAUUUAGUAUUAUCGAACUAGUAUACCUACUAAUUGGAAUGUAUGUUUCCCUCACAAAAUGAGACAUUGAUUUAGUUUGUAUAUAUGUACUUAGACGAUUUUAUAUAUGGUCAAUUAUGAUAAUGACAGUUGCAUGAAUAGUAAAUUGUUAAUCGUUGAUUAAUCGA